AUGGAGGAAACAUUGAGUGAACGAUCAAUAGUUGUUAGUUUUCGCCCGUCGAAUGGCAAACUUUUUGAUUGUAGCUUUGAUCCUUCUCAAAUGACGGUAUUGCAAUUAAAAGAGAAGUUGGCCAGGGAAACUAAUAUACCGGCUGAUAGUAUGAGACUUGUAUAUUCUGGUCGAAUUUUAAAGGAUGAGGAUAUGGUAGAUUCAUAUGGUGUAAAAGAAGGGCAUACAAUACAUGUGGUACGAGGGGCAGCGAACCAGGCCGCCGAGCAGGCUGCUGCUAAUUCUUCGUCAUCAGGUGGAGCUUCUAGAUAUGCUACUCCUAGUACUUCUAGUUCUCCUGCGUCGUCGUCAUCUGUAAAUCCUUUUAGUAACCCACCACCAACACGUCAAUUAGGUUCAAAUUCCAAUAAUUUCGAACAAGAUCUAAUGAGGGGAAUGAUGAAUUCACCAAUGAUGAGGCAAAUAUUGUCAAAUCCAGAGAUAGUAAGAUCGAUGGUAAUGCAAAAUCCAACGAUGCGGCAAAUGAUCGAGAGGAACCCUGAAAUUGGUCAUAUAAUUAACGAUCCAUCCUUUAUUCGUCAGACAAUGGAUAUGGCACGCAACCCUGAACUCAUGAGAGAGAUGAUGCGAAACAAUGAUCGGGCAUUGGCAAAUUUGGAAACCAUACCUGGCGGAUUUAAUCAUCUUCGUAGAAUGUAUCAUACUUUACAAGAACCAUUAGAGUCUGCAGGGCGGCAUAGUGAUAAUUCAUCGGAAGCUGCAAACCAGCGUCUCGCGCAAAUGUUAAAUGUUGAAAGUCCACCAGAGGGACAAAUAAAUAGUACGCCUCUUCCUAAUCCCUGGGCACCCCGCAAUCACAAUAAUAGCGGAUCUUCAUCAACAACAACUGGUUCAUCUUUAUCUCAGACGAAUCCUUUUGGUGGAAUUUCAAAUUUUGGCUUUGGAUUUCCUGGGAGUAUAUUGAAUUUUACGACACCACCUAUUGGCGAUCGCAUCGCAUCAACAACUAACCAGACCAGUACGUCACAAACCAAUCAAACAUCACAAGCAAACAAUUCAUCAUCAACCCCAUCAUCCACAUCAGCAGGAGUUUCCACAACAACGCCAUCAUUUUCUGAUCCAGAUUUGUUUCGGCGGUUUCAACAAGCCAUGCAACGAUAUCCUCAAUAUUUAUCACGGCCGCACCAACAGACAUUUUAUCCGACAUCAUUGUUUGGUUCGCCUAAUCCUUUCUUUAUGAAUAUGCAACAAUCAUCUUUUGGAGCGGCACAACCAACGACCAUUCAACCUACAGAACCGCCGGAAAUCAGAUUUCGCUUACAACUCGAACGACUCGAAGAAAUGGGUUUCGUGGAUCAAGCAGCGAAUAUUCGCGCUUUGCUAGCCGCUGGUGGUGAUGUGAACUCAGCCAUCGAAUGGCUCUUGCAAAAUUCGAAUUCAUGA